GUAAAAGUGGUAUAGGUUAGAAUAAAAUAAUGUAAGCAAAAGUGUAUCGUAUGAUUGCAUAUCUUUUAGGAUGCUCGAUCAAUGGUGCCACUACCUCAAGCUAGCUUGGGAUGAUUUCUGUCACAGUGAAAUCAUUAAAUAUAUAAUGACAUCCAAAUUAGGAAUUCUUAUUUCAAAAUUGGUUUUCGAUGUUAUUAUUUUUAAAAGAACCUGUGCAUUAUGUUACACCUUUUAAACUUCUCAUAACAAAUCUAACUACCGUACUUUAACGAAAUAAAGGUAAAGAGAAUGGCUCGGCCAAAGCAUAGAGUUAACACGGAUAUAUGCGCUGACUGCGGAGCACUCGAACCAGGAUGGGCUUCAUUGAACAGAGCAAUUUUGUUAUGUGAUGACUGUUGUGGUGUACAUCGUAGCCUUGGUCGUCAUAUAUCUCAAAUAAAAUCACUUCACAAGAGCAUUUGGCAUGCAAACCUCCUUAAUAUGGUACAUACAUUGAAUGAUAAUGGAGCAAACAGUAUUUGGGAACAUUCCCUUUUAGAUCCUAGUAAUUCAAAAAUUAGUAGAAGAAAGCCUCAAGCUAAGGAUCCACUACACCCAAUAAAAGCUGAUUUUAUUAAAUCAAAACAUCAACAUUUAGCAUUCAUAUUACGUCCAAGUAAAGAAGAAUGUUGUAGUGAAGAAGAAUUAAGUAGACAGUUGCAUAGUAGUGUUCGUACAAGUAAUUUAGAAACUUCUUUAAGAUUACUUGCACAAGGUGCUAAUCCAAGUUAUUUUUACAAGGAAAAGGGUACAACACCUUUACAUGUAGCUGCUAGAGCUGGUCAAGCUUUGCAAUUAGAGCUUUUAAUAGCUAAUGGUGGUAAUCCUAGCAUAAUUGAUUCAAAUGGGCAGACACCUGCUGAAAUUGCCAAAAUGGCAGGACAUAUGGACUUAUCUGACCGCCUAAUUGAAUGCAUGUAUGAAUUAACAGAUAGACUAACAUCUUUUAUAUGUUCACGUAAACCAAACCAUAGACUGGACGAGCAUAUAAUUAUACCUGAAUGUACAUUAUUAUUGGAACAAAGUGAUCUGUGUUUAGAAGGAAGGAAUAAGUUACAAAUGUUAUCGAAUCAUUUGUUAGAAGAAUUGGCAAUGGAUGUUUAUGAUGAAGUAGAUCGUCGAGAAAAUGAGGAAAUUUGGUUUGCAUCUGCAACCUUACCAGAAAAAUGUACAGUGCCUUUCCUACCAGUGAAUCCACAGCUAUCAUCAACAAGAAAUCAAGGUAGACAAAAACUAGCAAGAUUUACACCAAAGGAGUUUGCUACACUUAUUAUAGAUUUUCUCAUUGAGGCUCGCAGAAGACAUAUGCUUGCAAAUAAUGCACCAUUACAAGAUCCAGCUAUUUCUAUACUUCGUAAAGAGCAACAUGGAAAGUAUGGAUCGCAAAUGUCUGAUGAUGAACCAUUGUACGAUAGUGUUGCUUCUGAUGAUGAUUAUGCAUUGACAUCAUCUGACAAUGCAGUGCCUGAAUAUCCUGCGCAGUUUAAAAUGGAUAACGAGGAAGCUUUUGCACCAUUAGCUAAGGGACUUCCAUCUGUCGUUGAAGUUUUAAAAAAACAAUUAACUCUCUCCGAAUCUACUAUCAAGGAUCUCCGUGAGCAGAUUCGUACUCUGCAGAGUACUGUAGAACAACUGACACAUGAAAAUAAUGAACUGAAGCAAAUGAUUCAUGUAAAAGAAUCUACUGAUGGAGUUAUUAAUGGUCAUGUUAGUGGAGAACAAGAGCCAGAACUAGAACCAGUGCUUGAUAUAAAAACAUCUCUUAAUAGGAGCAAUCAACGUCCUGCGUCUAUGUAUGAAACACGAGAAGGUUUGCGAAAACCAAAUUCGUGGUCAACGUCUAUUUGUCAGGCAAAACGAGAUUCAGAGACAAUAUCUCGUAACAACACACAAAGUUUAUGGGAAUGUGGUGCUCCUAAUCUUCCCCCUAGCGAGGAAGUUACUCGAAGAACUGAACAAGUUACAAGAAGAAUUCAAGAACUGUGGAUGGCCAUGCAAGAUCCAAAACAACGAGAAGCUUUUGUACCUUGCGCAGAAAGAAUUCGUGUUGCUGUUGCUGAACUCACAGCUAUAUUUCCCCAAAAUCCUAUUGAGGAAAACAUCAGAUCUGCUCUGCGACAAUUAAAUGGUAAUACAGGUAGACUUCAAGCAGAAUGUUCUGGUCUUCAGAGAUGUACUAGUGAUAUAGAACAUAUGGACAGAUGCCUUCAGCAAGUACGUUCAUGUGCUUAUGAUAUUGCCAAAGCAACAAAGCUUCUUGUUACCCAAUUUUAAACGUAACAGAUCAAAGGCAAAGUAUUACAAAUUAAAUAAUUCUUUCAUAUUUGAUGUAUAUAAAUUGUACAGACGUUUAAUAUCCUAAUACUCAAAAUCAUCACAGAUUAAUACAUUGAAUAAGUAUUCGUCUUAUAUUACAUAAUAAUUUGUUGUCUAAUAUUUUUUUUUAUUCUAAUGUAAAUAAGAAGCAAAUUUUAACACAUGAAUAUUCUUAUAGUUUGUUAAAUCGUAUAAAACAUGACACGUUUCAAGAUUCGAUAUAAUAUUUACGUAACUUUUAAUGUAUGAUAAAGACUGAAUAGCCAUGAACCAAUGAAUUUUAUUAAUAUGCAAUUUUAGUUUCUAUACUUGGUUUUACAAAUAUACUUUUUGCUCAUAUAAGCUGGCAUAUAAGAAACAAUUAUAAAUAUGAAAAAAUUUAUUGCAUUUGUGUGAUUAAAAAAAGUAUUAAGUGCAAUACCAAAAGAUUUAAAGUAUCAUAAAGUUGUUGUUAAAACCAGGUAAAAAUUUUGUGCAUUUUUAGUGCCAAUAAAAAAUUUUAUUUUGCGAUAUCAGUAAAUAAUUAUUUACCAUAAAAAUGUAUAAUUAAAAGAUCAAUUAAUAAAAAUGUGUUUUUAUUGAUAACUUAUAAGUGAUGAAAUAUUUAUAACUAAUCCAUUUUGUAUGUUUAAAUAUUAUAUUUUAUUAUAUAUAUAAAAAACCAGCUUAUAUUAAAGCAUUACAAAUAAGUAAGAAUUUUGUCGCCAGUAAAAGAAGAAAUGUUUUUACUAUUAUUAUUAUUAUUAUUAUUAUUAUUAUUAUUAUUAUUAUUAUUAUUAUUAUUAUUAUUAUAUUAUAUUAAUGUGAUCAACACAUAUGUAACAAUGAAAGUUUAUAUUGAUAAUGUAUUAAUUAUUUUACUUCAGGUAUUUUCAUUAAGAAUUGCUCGUACUGUAUUAUUGGUAUUAAGAAUAUAUGUUUAAUAGUUAAAUAAAAUUUAAAUAUAUUAUCGUUGAUGCAAACUACAUGAUAUAUUUACUGGCAAAUAUAAUUAUCAAAUUGAAAUCGUUUUUAAAUACUUUUAUUUAUCCAAAGACUAAUGUUUCAUAUUUAUAUUAAAGCUAGUAAUUGCUGUGUAAUGAUAGUUUGAAGUGCAUGAAUCAUCAUUAUUUCUUAUAACAUAAUCGUUCAAAAUGGACAAUAAAAUUAUCUUACAUAUUGUAAAUGUUUCUUUAGACUAACCCUUAUUUAUAUGAUAAAUGAUUGUACUUUACAAUAUGGGGAGUGUAUAGAUUAUACAACCUAUUAUAAUUUAUUUGGUAUUAUCUUAAUUAUUUCUUAAAUUUUAUUCUUUUUUUUAUAUUUUGCUCUUAAUAGAAAAAAAUAAGCUUUAAUAACAAUUAUUUUCCAAUGUGAUAUGUAUUUUUCAUGGAAAUGACUAAAACAUAAGUUCUCAACUAUUACAUAUGAUAUUAAAAUUGAUUAUGGUUUUAAUAAUAUUAAACUUUUAAUAUUAAAGAUCAUUAUAGUCAAUUACUGUUACCUUGUGAAGGAUAAAUAAUAUCAACAUUGUAUUAAGAAAAAAUUAAAUUUUAAUGGAAAUGAACCUUAAAAAAGUAAUUGUCUAGUGAAUUUUGUAGGCCAAUGAUUCACAAGCGUUUUCGCGCUACCUGUUAUGAAAUCUUCGACGGAUGAUACAAAAACACGUGUUCUUUACACUUUAGCUGACAAAGUUUUGAGUAAUUCAGGUAAAUUUAAGAAAGUUUAGGUGGGUAGGUAAAAGAAAGUGAACAGGCGUGAAGCAAGGGUAGUUUUAAGUAAGUCAAUCGGUAGAAUCGGAAAGUUUAUGUGGAUGAUUGAAGGGAAAGUAGUGAAGCAGGAGAGCGGCCAUUUUAUGUUAGUAUGACGUAGAGGCUGGGUGUAGCUUCGCGUUCAACCGUCCGUGUUCUUUGGAAAAGGCGAGAAAAUCUGAAUUCUGAUGCUGGGGUCGAGGUAAAUGCACGUACCACGCACUGAACGUGUGAACCGUAAAUUAAGCCGAAGGAAA